AUGGCUUUGUGUUCAGUGUGGACUAUGACCAUCCUAUAUAAGCGCAUGUAUGGUUCUGGUCGAGAAAACUCAGGGUUCACAUUAGACCUGAACUUACCCAUCCGUGUCAUGUGCUUUGCGGUAUACAUAAUUGUCGCCAUGAGCUUGAGUUUAUUGUCUGUCACGUCGCCGUCGAGUCCAGCUCCUGAUCUUGUGAUAGCUUCUGCGGCCACCGUCGUCAUUCUCAUUUUCGGAACACAGAAGGACAUCUUAGGAGUCAUCGUAUUCUGGCGACGACCCGCACCACUAGAGAACCAAAUUCGCGUUGAUCUAAAAGUCGAGUUUGAGCGAGAGGCCGACAUCCCUCCCAAGGUUCCUGAGAAAGACUACCCGACGACUCAUGUUUAA